AAGUGGCGGCGGUGCGAGAGCGUGAAAGAAGAAAGCAGUCUCUAAUCGAUUGGAUUGCGAUUUGCUCAGCUGCUGGAACUGUGCACUGAGCCGUAAACAUGAACGCACCGCCAACAUUCGAAUGCUUCUUGCUUUUCGACGGUGAGAAAAAAAUCACGAUCGAAAAAGACACCAAGGUGCCAAACGCCUCCAUCUUCACAAUCAACAAGGAAGACCACACACUUGGAAACAUGAUUCGCGCUCAGCUUUUGAAGGAUCCUCUGGUGACUUUCGCCGGAUACAAGAACCCACAUCCCCUCGAGCACAAAAUUCUACUCCGGGUACAGACGACACCCGAUUCUACACCCGUGGAAGCUCUGAAGAGCGCGAUAAAUGAUCUGAUGUCAGAACUUUCGUUGUUUGAGGAACGUUUCCAAGAAGCGUACAAGGAGAAGUGCGAGAACAUGGAUUGAGCAUCGGAUUUGUUUAAAAUGGAAUGUAUAUAUGAUCAUGUGUAUAAAUUCAGAAGAAUUUCUAUGCUCGAGCCGUCCUUCCUAUCACGGCAAGGAGAGAAAAUGUUUACCUCUCAACGAGCAAUACAUCCAAGCGGCAUUUCGCUCUCUCAUUGUUCGGUAAGUGAUCGAUCAACGCUUCAGGUGCGUUGCCACGUAGGUUUCGAACAUUUGAAGCUCAUCCUA